GAUCAGAACCACACACCACACCUCGUCAUUGGAUUCGAGUCGUAAUCUCUCCGCAGCCGUCACGCUUCAGUAACUUUUUUCAACCGCCUCCUAUUUUCAACCGCCCAGCACCAUGAGUAACAUGGUGCCAUGGUUGCGGAAGAAUCUUCUGCUGGUGUUGACAAUUGGAUCUGUGGUUGCGGGCGCUUUACUUGGAUUUGCGCUUCGACCGCUGAAUCUCUCACCUCAGGCGGUGAUGCUGGUGAGUUUUCCCGGAGAGCUGCUGAUGCGGAUGUUGAAGAUGAUGAUUCUGCCGCUUAUUAUCAGUUCGCUCAUCUCAGGUCUUGCUCAACUUGAUGCAAAACAGUCGGGAAAAAUGGGAUCACUGGCAAUAACGUAUUAUGUCCUAACCACAGUCAUUGCUGUCAUAACAGGCAUUAUCCUGGUACUAACCAUCCACCCUGGAGAUCCAAGCAUAAAGCAGGACCUUGGAGAGGGCACUGAAGGGAAAAAAGUUAGCACUCUCGACACUCUUUUGGAUCUACUGAGGAAUAUGUUCCCGGAGAACAUUGUAGCAGCCACAUUUCAACAAGCGCAAACGAAGUAUGUCACGGUGCGACCGAAAAUUUUGAAGGUGAACGAUACGAUUCAUCUCGCUCUGCUUAAUAAUGGCACGCUCGACUAUGUGAAAGCUGCACUUGAGUACAACGACGGUAUCAAUGUGCUUGGUAUCAUUGUAUUCUGCAUCGCCCUUGGUAUCUCAUUGUCACAACUUGGAGCCGAAGCUGAUGUGAUGAUUCAGUUUUUUGCGAUUAUGGACAAGGUGAUAAUGAAACUUGUAAUGACAGUGAUGUGGUACUCUCCAUUUGGAAUCAUGUGCUUGAUAAUGGGCAAAAUUUUAGAAAUCCACGAUUUAGCAGAUACGGCGAGAAUGUUGGCCAUGUAUAUGGUCACAGUUUUAUCAGGACUGGCCGUUCAUUCACUCAUAUCGCUUCCUCUGCUGUUUUUCCUUACCACGAAGCAAAAUCCUUAUAUGUUUAUGCGGGGAUUGCUCCAGGCUUGGAUCACUGCCUUGGGAACUGCAUCCAGCUCAGCCACUCUCCCUAUCACUUACAACUGCUUGGAGGAGAAUUUAGGCGUGGAUCGGAGAGUAACGCGCUUCGUACUUCCAGUUGGAGCUACUAUCAAUAUGGAUGGAACAGCUCUAUAUGAAGCUGUUGCUGCCAUCUUCAUUGCUCAAAUGAAUGGCAUCAAUUUGUCAUUCGGACAAGUAGUCACUGUCAGUUUGACUGCUACACUUGCUUCAAUUGGUGCUGCUUCCGUACCUUCAGCCGGUCUGGUUACGAUGCUGUUAGUAUUGACGGCUGUUGGUCUGCCAGUGAAAGACGUCUCAUUGAUUGUGGCCGUUGACUGGUUAUUAGAUCGAAUUCGUACUUCGAUCAACGUACUUGGGGAUGCUUUUGGUGCUGGCAUCGUCUAUCAUUACGUCAAAGAUGACCUUAUCGCUCACGAUCGCAUUCAUCCAAUGCGCAAUAUGUCAAUAGCAAUGCCUCCACCAAAUUUUGCCUCCAAUGAUAGCAAAGUUCACGAUGAUUUGCCUGAGGAGAAGCAACCAUUGCAUGGCCUGUACACAAGUGUACCUCAGGACGAGAAGCGGCAAUAGGGCAAUAUUGAGAGAAUGCUGUUUAUUUUUAUGUCUUCUGAUUCCCAACAUCCAUUAUCUCCUUUACUUCUCAUGGAAUGAAAAUCUUUAGGUUUUCCCAAUCACUUUUUUCGUACCAUUUUACCUAUGCGAAGAGCUUUGACUUGUUGAUACAUCUCAGUUUUGUAGAAAUCUUUUUGAGUAAUCUUUAUGUAAAAGUUUGUAUUGUUAUGGUCAUUAUGCCUAGUGUAAAAGACUGGUUUGACUCAUAAUCAUCCCAGUUUCCAGUUUACCCGGUUUUGCAAAGUUUUUAUGUAAAUUAGAAAUGA